ACCUCUGCUAUCCAUAUCUGUUAGCGAUUGUAUAAUCUUCCUAUUGCUUUUAUUUAUUUAUAAUUCGUGUGCCCAUUUCCCUUGCGUAUUGUGAUAUUCUCAAACUCAUUCAAUCUUUGAAUACAAAACAAUAAAAACCCCUACAACUCACAUGUGGGUUAAUGUGCAAACAUUCAUUGCGAAAUUACAAAUCGAACAGAACUGCGAAAAUUGAAAAUUUGUUAACAAUUAUCACUUGCCGGGAAACAACAAAAAACAAUAAAUACUUCUACAAUAUCCAAACUAACGCUAUUUUCAACAGGAUUCAUUCUGUGAAAUAACUAAAAGCGUUUGAAUUUUAUUUAAUCCCUAACAAACUGGAAAUUUCGCAAAUCUGGAUGAAACUAGCGAAGUUAUGAUUGCCGCCUCUGAACCUUUGGAGUUCAUUCCUCGGGGUCGACAGGCGGUUGAGGAGCAUCCGGGUCCCACUGAUGUAAAAGCGCACAAUCACUUGUCCACAGAACAUGUGCUGCUACAACGCAUGCAGAAUGUAAAUAUUUCCGCAUCGGAUGAGCAUAAUGAAUUUUGGUGUGUGCGUGAAAUUUUCGAGGAUUUGAAUGAAGAUAUAGCCGGAGUUCGUGGCAAUCAGUCAACAAAUGUUCAAUGCGACAAAGAUGAAGGUGACAAUAAAGCAUAUUUGCAGCAGCAACAGCGUGCUGCAUAUGCGGACGUCGAUUAUAUGUGCGAGUAUCUUGUCAAUUCCGAAGAGGAAUUGUAUGUGAAAAAGAACACAGCAGUGUGGACAAAAGGCUUACUAGAUGAGAAUGGCGUUAUGCCGCGUUUAUGCUUCACCUGUGAGACCCCAAUUAAAUUUGCUUUCUUCUGCAGUAAAGCAUUUGUGAUUGGCAAGCGCGAUGCCCGUAGCAAAAAUACAGCUUCUACCAGAAAGUCAAAUACCGAACAGGAAGAAGACUUCAGCGCAAUUUGCCUAAUUGAUCAAACCGCUCUCCACAUCUACUGUAGUAAUGGUGAGGAUUACCUCUGCAAUCUCGAAUUUCCGGUGUCGCAUGUGUGGCCCACAUCGUUCGGCAUUCUUUUGGAGAAGGUAGCUUCCAGUGCCAUUAUACAGAAUACCGCAAUUUCCAUGCCGCGUCUGUUCUCGCUCGCACAUCCAUUACAAGAAAUUUGUCCCGUAAUCUGUAAAACAGCUACAAAUGUCGGUUAUCUUGUCGAGUCCGACUACAAUAUAAUAUAUUCUUCGGAAAACUCAGAUCUUGUGCUUUUGUAUGACAAUCGAAUAGGAAAGCAAUUUAUUUCACGAUUACGUAAAGCGACCGAAGAGGAAAUACAAUAUGUAGGCAUACAGAAUGAAACUGCACUUGGCGGUACGGUUGGUGGACUGCCGCAACACUCUUUAAAUCGCGGUGCCGCUGGUGGUAUUGGUGGAACAGCUACACCAAAACACAGCACCGCACAUUUGGGACGCUCCAGCUUAGGCAAUCCAAAUUAUUCCGCGCAUAUUGGCAAAUUUUUAUCCAGUGCGCAUUCAUUGAGUGGCGCGUUUGGGAAUUUAAAUCGUACCGCAUCCCCUUUAAAUCAUCUACAGUCCACUAUCGGCCAGCACUCUAUAUCAAUGCAAGAUAUACGAAAAGUAGGUCAGGCGCAGCCCUCAAAGCCUAUAGUACCGGAAUUGUGUUUGGAACACAUCUGGACUGAAAGCACAUAUGGAAACAAUCGUGAAUUUGGCGAAAUCUCAAAUCGUGCUUUCAUACACACCGAUUUGGUGGGACAAAUAUACUUUUGCUAUUUGUUACCAUUCUCCUGCAAGCUACAGCUGGUGCGUCUGGUUAAUUAUGGCACGAAAGAGCUAAAAAUAUCGAGUAAAACCUUAACUAUACCAGCCAAGGAUGCGGUGUCAUUAGAGCGUCUGCGCAUGAUUGCCGUUUUGGACCCGUCCGGUAGUUUAAUCUUGUAUACAGGCGCAGUUAUGGUGUCUAAAGUACAUGUUGCCGCCGCAAUGGGUAGUACUAGUGUAUGCGCUGGCAAUGUGACGCCCACUACGAAUGCAACAGCAAGUACGCUAGCCGGAAAAUCACCAAACACAUCGUUUCCUCGACGUAGCAGCCUUUUGCCAACCAUACAGAAACCCACCGAUACUACGUUCGAAGAAGAAUUACAUUUGUUAUCGCCUGUGCAUCCACUACAGCCACAAUUCCCAAAUCGCAAAAACAGCAACGUUUGCUUGAGUUUGCGUGAUCCGGCUGGGAAUCGUUUGACUUUGGUCUACCCAUUUGGCAAAAUGUAUCGCAUUGAAUUACCACAAAUUAAUGAAACGAAAUUCAUUUCCCGUUGUAUGGGUGCAAUGCGCCGUAUUUUGAAUCGAGCACAAUUCAUGCAGCUAAUUACCCGUUGGUAUGGUGCACGCAAUCCACCAGGUUCACGUGAUUAUAGCAGCGCCCAAGAAUGGGAAAUUUUCCGAAAUGUGCUCAUGGAUCUCAUGGGUUGCAGUGCAGCCACACAUGAACCUACCAUCAACACGUCACUCUCCUAUACUGCUGAUGAGCCGAAGAAACGGCGUAAAAACGAUGAGAUUACCGAAGGUACUGCUGCUGAUUGGGAAUUUAUGUUGGCUGUACUUAAUGAAGAUGUCAGCGGCUGCGUAAAUGCUGACAUAAAAAUGGAAACAGAGCCUGCUGCUGCGGCGGUAUGUAAUAUCGAUGUGAGCGCGGGUUUGUUCAGCAGCAUACCGGCGAUCUUCUAUGGUUUACAUAUGUUGUAUGAGGACUUUAAGCUGGAUGAAACUAUGCAUGAUUGUUUACCACAUUUGGUGAAGUUUCUGCAUCAAUUCGCACUUGACAUGCAGCUGACCACUUAUACUUUCCAUUAUACCCUGGAUUAUCCCGAUUUGGUACACUCAACAAAGAAAUUGUGUAAGUUUACAGAAGAACAUGCCACACACAUGAGCUCCAAAGGGCUGCUGCAAAGCGUUGCUCCAAGCGUUUAUAAGCACUUGGAACAUAUUUUGCGCGGAAGAGACACAUCACAGUAUACAUACGUGGAGGGACUGAAUGACUUAAGUCGAAAUGUGCUACAGGUCAUAUCACUGAUAAUGCAUGGCGCAGAUAGAAUAAAAGAUUGGAUCAAACCGCUAGAAUUCGCUGACUCAGUGCAUUCCUAUUACCCGAAACGACCGAAACGUUUUAUAUCCACGACUGUGCCGCGUGCCGAGCAAGUCAUACAAAUGCUGUUAAAUAUGAAUAUUACACGUACUGACAUCGCACGUCUGCCCGUCGCGCUCCACCUCAUCAUCGCUGAAUGUUUGGAGCAAGCACGUCUAUCGCCGCCUAUCGGUUGCUCAGCUGCCACCUACGAGUUGAUUUUACGCACAGAAUUAGUUGCACACGCGCUGUUGCAAGACGAUUCACCUUCUAAUGGUGUGUGUAGACCGCAGCAAAAGUCACAUGUUGAUGCCGAAGACUCAUUGUCGGCACGCUGUCCGCCCGCCACGAACGGCAUAUCACACAUGGAAGCCGCACUUGACGACGGCAUGGAUAAUAUCGACACAAAGUUGCUGAAUUUACGCUUUCCCGAUGAUAUGCGUAUUGCCGAAGUGCGUCGCCUACUCACCUCAUCAGAGCCUGUGCUCAUCGAUAUCGUGCAGAAACCCGGCAUGACUGAUCAUCGUUUCAUUGAGGAGCAAGAACGACAAUUAUUCGCUUUGUGCAAGCGCACCAUGGCGCUACCGUUAGGGCGUGGCAUGUUUACAUUACGCACCUCCAUACCCACACCCACCGAACUCAUGCCUAUACCGAAAUUGUGUCUCUCCGGCAAGGAGCCUGUCAAGGGCGCCACAAUUGAAAUGCAACAAAUUGAAUUGCCACCAAAUAUGAGCCUUUGGCCGUCAUUUCACAAUGGCGUUGCGGCUGGUUUGAAAAUUUCACCGAACGCGCGUGAUGUUGACUCCACGUGGAUUGUUUAUAAUAAACCGAAAGGUCAAGAAGAUGUCUCCACGGAACAUGCCGGCUUUCUUAUGGGUCUCGGCCUUAAUGGUCAUCUCAAAACACUUUCGUUUAUGAGUAUUUAUGAAUAUUUGGUGAAGUGUGAAGAGAUGACGAGCGUCGGUUUACUCUUGGGCAUUUCGGCAACACAUCGCGGUACAAUGGAUACUACAACAACAAAACUGUUGAGCGUACACAUUGAAGCAUUAUUGCCUACCACGGCGCUGGAGUUAGAUAUACCACAGAAUAUUCAGGUGGCUUCGUUGAUGGGCAUUGGAUUUUUGUAUCAGGGCUCGGCAAAGCGCCAUAUAGCCGAGGUUUUGCUACAGGAAGUGGGUCGUCCACCGGGCCCUGAAAUGGAGAACAGCGUUGAACGCGAAUCGUAUGCUUUAACCGCCGGUCUUGCCUUGGGCUUGGUUACAUUGGGACUUGGUGAAUCGCCGGCCGGUUUACUUGAUCUACAAAUACCCGAUACAUUGCACUACUAUAUGGUCGGCGGCAAUAAGCGACAGCUCAGCGGUUCACAAAAAGAGAAGUACAAAUUGCCUUCGUUUCAAGUGCGCGAAGGCGACAACGUCAACAUCGAUGUAACUGCACCGGGUGCCACACUGGCGCUGGGUCUAAUGUUCUUCAACACCGGCAAUCGUGCCGUUGCCGAAUGGAUGAAUCCACCGAAUACGCAUUACCUGCUCGAUUUGGUACGACCCGACUUGCUCAUGCUGCGCACCAUAGCACGCGGCUUAAUACUCUGGUCCGAUAUCAGGUCCGACGCUGAUUGGUUGUUCGGACAGUUUCCGUCAAAUUUCAAAAUAGAUCUUGAACGUCCCUACUAUUGGGGCGAUAAGUACGAAACGAGCGUUGAUUAUGAAUCCGAAGCUCAGGCUUGGUGCAAUGUCAUUGCGGGCGCCUCAUUCUGUAUGGGUCUAAAAUAUGCUGGCAGCGAGAAUCAGGAAGCCUUUAAAACCUUACAUAAAGCAUUGAAAACAUUUAUUGGUUUCCAAAGUAAGCAUGUGUUCGAAUUUGCUGGCUAUACAACGGUGGAGUGCUGUCUUAUGGUUAUUUUGAUUUCCAUAUCCUUGGUAUUCGCUGGUUCCGGUGACUUGGAAGUAUUACGCAUUAUACGCUAUUUGCGUUCGCGCAUCAGUUUUCGUGAUCGUUGUCGAGUCAAUUAUAAUCCGAAUGUUACAUUCGGCUCGCAGAUGGCUAUACACAUGUCGCUGGGUUUGUUGUUUUUGGGCGCCGGUCGUUAUACCAUUGCGAAUACACCAGAAGCUGUAGCCGCGUUAAUAUGUGCCUUCUUCCCGAAAUUCCCAAAUCACAGUAACGAUAAUCGAUAUCAUUUACAAGCCUUUCGUCACUUAUAUGUGUUGGCCGUCGAACCACGCCUCUUUCUGCCGCGCGAUAUCGACACGAAGAAGUUGUGUCUCUGCCAGAUAUCAGUGCUGGAGGUGGGCAGCAAGGAAUUGCGUCGCCUACCAAUGGCGCCUUGUAUGCUGCCGCCAUUGCACACUUUACAGAAGGUGAUUGUAGACGAUGCCAAUUAUUGGCCGGUUUGCUUUGAGAAGGAGCGCAAUUGGGCGCAGUUGCUCAAAGCUUUGGAGAACUCUGCUUGCAUAGACAUAAAAAAACGUUCCGGUUGUCUUUCGCAUCUCGAGGAUCCCGAUCGUCUGAAGAGUCUUUUCGCACAAACUCUCACCACCGAACAAUAUACCUGCUGGCAUGUGAACGCUACGGCACUGGAGCGCUUCUCAAAUGAUCCAUUCGUUACUAGUUUCACCGAUCGCUUUCUACACAUCGAUGCAGAGAUUAUCACACAAGACGAAUUGCUCAAAAUACAGCAGUUGACGAUGCUCUUCUACAAUGCUGUUAUCAAGGAUAAAAUGCAUGUGCUGCCCAUUUAUUUAACUACAUUCAAUCUAAUUCAACGCGUCCAACGCAAGCCCGAAGGCAAUGAUGUUUGGCAAAUAAAAUUAAUCGACUUGUAUAUGGAAAAGUAUAGACAGCCUCACCUACUCAUCACCUCCGAGUUGAUGGGCGCACUACUCGAGAAAUUUAAAGUGUUCAUCGAAAAUACGCGCCGUGCAAUGGCGUCCAUUUUGCAUAGUUUCAUCAGCACCAGCGCACUUGAGCCAAGUAUUAUUAGCGAAUUGUCAGCGGUGGAGCUGGCGCGCCUCUAUUCCGUGGUGAAUUUCUAUAAUUUAACGCCGAAUUUAUUGAUUUUGGUUGAUCUUAGCGGUACAGUUAACUACCUAAGGUAUUUAUACGAGUUCAAGAAGCUCAACUUGGACGUGCAAACCAUACAUUGUUUAAUUAAAAUAUUACUGCAAACCAGCAGCAACGAAGCUACUUAAAGUUCAGUGAAUUUGAAAAGUAGCCAAUCGUGCAUAAAAGAAAAAGUAAUGCUUGUUAUCAGUGCGAAGUUGAUAAUUUUUUUUAUAUUAAAAUAUAAAUAUUUAUUGCACAAAUACACUGCGUAUGCGUAAAAUUAGUCGCCGUGGGGUGUACUCUUGAAAUUUGGGCAUAAAAAAGAUGAAGUUACAUAUAUGUAUUAUAAAAUACUGCCUACAUUUAGGGGUUUUCGAAGGAUGAGGGUUAACUACCUCAACUUUCUUAAUUUGAAAAAAUUAUUUUUAAACAACAUUUAUAUAAGUUAUAAAAAUCCGGUUACCUCGAUUGUCGGAUAGAGAAAAAAUUGUUACUGAUGUCUUCAAUGAAAUAUAAAAAGUGCUGCGCCUAAAACUAUACUUUCUGUACUAUCAUAAACUCAGAAAUCCAUCUAUUGCCUCGAAAUUUAAUACCUUUUCGGAUGCCAAGCAAAAAGUCGAAUUUUAAAAAUAAUUUUUAUAAAACUUCUAUUUCCCGGAUCGACUUUAACUUUUCGGGUAAUAUUCUCCUACGCAUGUAAAUUCGUUAUAUAAGAAAAAA